GUUAACAAAGUCUUAAGGAACCAUCACAUUAAACCCCACUGGAUGUUUGCCAUGGAUAACAUCAUCCGCCGAGCGGUGCAGGCUGCAAUAACCAUCCUCAUACCAGAGCUGCAGACCCACUUCGGUCCAGCGUCAGAGUGCGAGGGAGCAGAGAAGGAAGAUGAAGUGGAUGAAGAGGAAGCAGAGUUUGGUCCCGUUUUAGCUUCUCUGACUGAAGACCCUGUGACGACAAUUGACCCCACACAGUCUGUAGCCAGCACCAUAAACACCACCCACUCCCAGGAGCCUCAGCGCUCGCACCAUCAGUUGGGUGCACAGCUGGGCCGGCUCAAACAGGAGACCAACCGGUACAUGCAA